AUGAGCUCGCCAUCUGCACCCGUCAAACCUCCUGGCGAUAUUCAUCGCGCGUGGUGGAAGGAGAGCUCCGUCUAUCAGAUAUGGCCAGCAUCCUUCAAGGACUCCAACGACGACGGUAUCGGUGAUAUUCCUGGAAUCAUCUCAAAGCUUGACUACAUUCGCGACCUCGGAGUUGAUAUCGUUUGGUUAUGUCCCUCGUAUAAAUCCCCCCAGGUUGACAUGGGGUACGACAUUGCCGACUACUAUAGCAUCGCAGACGAAUACGGCACGGUCGCAGAUGUCGAGACGCUGAUCAAAGGAUGCCACGACAGGGGUAUGAAGCUGCUCAUGGACUUGGUCGUCAAUCAUACUAGCGAUCAGCAUGAAUGGUUCAAAAAGUCUCGCAGCUCCAAGGACAGCGAAUUUCGCGACUGGUAUGUCUGGAAGCCACCACGUAUCGAUGAACAUGGGAACAGACAGCCUCCAAAUAACUGGGUAUCGCAUUUUCAAGGCAGUGCCUGGGAAUACGAUGAACCGACAGGAGAGUACUACCUACACCUGUACGCCGUUGAACAGCCAGACCUGAACUGGGAGAAUCCUGCCGUGCGGAAAGCAGUCCAUGAUAUCGUACGCUUCUGGCUCGACAAGGGUGCCAACGGCUUCCGCAUGGAUGUUAUCAACUUUAUCAGCAAAGAUCAAGCCUUCCCUGACGCACCAGUACAGGACAAGGACACUCCCUGGCAGUGGGGUGACAAAUACUAUGCGAACGGCCCUCGUCUCCACGAGUAUCUGCAGGAAAUUGGAAAAAUCUUGAAAGAGUAUGACACUUUUAGUGUCGGUGAGAUGCCAUUUGUCAAGGACACCGCCGAAGUGCUCAAAGCCGUACGCCACGACCGCAACGAAAUCAACAUGAUCUUCAAUUUCGAGCAUGUGGACAUUGAUCACGGCCCUCAUGGCAAUAAAUUUAAGCCUGGAAGCUGGAAGCUUACUGACCUCAAGUCCUUCUUUGAGCGAUGGCAAGCGUUCAUGUACAACAAUGGCGGCUGGAACGCUUUGUAUUGGGAGAACCAUGAUCAGCCUCGGUCGAUUGACCGCUACGUCAACGCACCACAAGCUUUACGGCCAGCAGCCGGCAAGAUGCUUGCCACUGUUUUGGUUCUACAUGCCGGUUCUCCUUUUAUUUAUCAGGGCCAGGAGAUUGGAAUGGGUAAUGUGCCUAUCGAAUGGGGAAUGGAGGAGUAUAAAGACAUUGAUUGCUUGAACCAUUGGAAUUUGUUGCUCAAGUCUGGCGAUUUCGGUCCCGAGGCGCAAAAGGCUGCCCGGCAAGAGUACCAGAAGAAAUCCCGCGACAAUGCCCGGACACCCGUGCAGUGGUCAGCCGAGUCUAAUGCCGGAUUUACCGGGCCAAGUGUAAAGCCUUGGAUGUCCGUGAACCCAGAGUACACUCGAGUCAACGCUGCGGACCAAGUCAAGAAUCCCGAUUCGCUGUACCACUACUGGGCGUCGGUGCUAAAACUCCGAAAAGCGUACCUCGAUAUCUUUGUCUACGGAAACUAUGAGCUUGUCGACAGAGACAAUCAAGAAGUCUACGCGUAUACGCGGGCAUACGGCGACUCGAAGGCUUUAGUGCUGGCCAAUUGGACCGACCACGAGCUGUCGUGGGAUGCUGCCGCCCAGAAAGUGAAUAGUGUGAAGGUCUUAUUGGAUACGUAUGAGUCCACGAGUGCGGUACAACGCAGAUUCUCGGGUGCUCAAUGGACAAUUCGCCCUUUCGAGGCGGCCGUUGUUUUGCUAGAAUAG